AUGAAUCAACCACAGACUGACACAUUAUUCUUUUAUGGUUUAUCCAAUUGGAGUGAUAUUGGAACUGUUAUUUCUGAAUUUAAUUCAAUUAAAAUACAAGUACAAGCAAUUGAAAUGUUAUCUCCAUCUGAGGGAUUUAUUAAAUAUGAUUCUCAUCAAAAAUGUAGUGAAGCUUUUCAACGGUUUAACUCAAGUAGUGUUUCAGCAAGAUUUGAUUUUGCAGAGCCAAACAGUAUUGUUGAUUAUCCAAUUGCAAAAGAGAUGGCAACAGGACAAUUUAUUUGUUGUAAAGCAAGUUUAGAUUUAUCUUGUGUUCCAGUAGAACAUUUAAUAUCAACAGAAUGA